AUGGAUUCCAUUGCACAGAAAGAGAGAGGCUUUCAAAAGAGAUUGAAAUUUGAUGCAAUUCUGCAAACGGAGGAUUACAUUCAAUACAGUUAUUUAAACGAGAUCAUCGUACUCUGCUUAUAUUCAGAUCUUUCAGAAUCUUCUAAUUUUUCUGAUGAGGCAAAACAACUGGCACAUCAUUACUUAAGCAAUUUCAAAGGAAAAGAUGUUGGUACUUAUUCGAAGACAAUCGGUGAAGAGUUCACAAGAAAGGACGUCACAAAUUACAUUUUAGAACGUGAUGGUACCUUAAAUCUGGACCAAGACGAAGAGGUUCUCAUUGAGAAUAACGAAUGUUCAUUAUUGAAUAAUAUCUUAAAAUUGUUCAUAGGUGCUCAUAUGAAUAGUGGUUAUGGCAUUCUAAUUCCUUAUCCCUCAUCACCUAUUAUUCAGGAAGUAGUCGAAAUAUGUGCGUUUUUGCCUGUUCCCUAUUAUUUGACAGAAGCAGCAGAUCACUGGACAAUUAAGGAGGAAGCACUUGUGAAAGCUCUAGAAAGAUCUGAUUGCAAAAUAAAGUGUAUGAUUUUGGAGAAUCCUGGAUAUCCAACAGGUCAUCUUUAUUCAGAAAAAGAACUGGAGAUAUUUUUCCGUGUGGCCAAAAAUCAUGGCAUUGUGCUUAUAGCAAUAGAAAAUUUACAAAUGGAUGUUUAUAGGAAAAACAACUUUUUAUCAUCCAGGAAAGCACUCAUGCAAAUGGGUGAAAUUUACAAAUCUGUGCAAUUAAUGUCCUUGUUUUCGUUAGCUAGAAGUCCACAGGGUGACAAAGUAUCUACUUUUUAA